AUGGGAUCGGUGGUGGUUGAAAAAGUGGGUGGCCGAUCAUCUGCGACCAGUUGCUUCUCAAGAUAUCCCCUCAAGUUCUUCAUACCCAAAAAGGUGGGUUCUUCCAAAACUGAUGCCGUAUGGGUUUAUGCUCUCAAUUAUGGGGGUGGAAUUGUAUCUGGUGAUCACAUUUCGUGCAAGUUUUCUGUGGGAGAUUCUUGUACAAUGGUUUUGACGACCCAAGGUUCCACCAAGGUCUACAAAUCUGUGGGAUCCAAGUGUUCUCAGCAAAUAUUAGAGGCUAGAAUUGGAAGCAAUGCACUUUUAGCCAUUAUUCCAGAUCCAGUGACAUGCUUUUCCACUGCAAGAUACUAUCAGAAACAAGUCUUCAGUAUGUCUUCAGACUCAAAUCUGGUCAUCGUUGAUUGGAUUACAAGUGGGCGCCAUGAAAGUGGAGAGAAAUGGGAUUUUGAUCUAUAUAGAAGCACCAAUAACAUUUUCUUAGAAGAUGGCCAACCAUUAUUUCUGGAUACGAUGUUAUUAGAGAAAGAAAAAACUGGAUGUGUACAAGAACAAAUGCACAAUUACCAAGUAAUUGCAAUGGUUGUACUCUUGGGGCCAAAAAUGCAGUAUAUUCAGAAUCUUGUGCAAGAUCACGUGAAAAAUAUUAUGUCUGAGCAAUUACAGCGUCCUUCUGCUGCUUUGAGUCACCAUCAGCAAAGAGCCAAGGCUGAUCAUUUCAUUACGAAACCAAGCUUCGUAGCUUCUUGCAGUGCCUUUGGUCCUAAGAAAAGUGGUCUUCUUGUUCGAGUGGCUGCCGAGACAACUGAAUCAGUUUACAAGUUUCUACGACUUCAAUUGGCUCCUAUGGAGCCAAUGAUAGGGGUGCCACCAUACAGAUAA